AUGCCAUCCAAACCCAAAAAGAAGGCGAAACUCGCCACUGCUAGUAGCGCUAGCCAUGUGAUAGAAGAAACCCAGGGACUACAUAGCGUGUCGGAUGAAAGUCGAAGAGUCAUAUACAAUGCAACUUGUAAAGCAUUGGACCUGGAGGAAGCUUCGUUGGACAAGAGUUCUUGGCAGAAGCUGAAUAGUAAGGCUGUUCCUGACAUCUUCUACCCGGUGGAACUGCCAGGUGUUGAGGCUGGUAAGCCCGUUACUUUUUACAUGUCUGACGUGAAAAAGUGCAUCAAGGCCGUCAUAGAACGAUGCCCCAACUAUGGCGAAAGGAUUGAACAGCUGCUGAAUCAUCGUCCUGAAACAGUUUUUCAGAUGCUGCUUUAUAACGACGAGGCUAGCGGAGGCAACAUCUUGGCGCCUAACUCGGGCAAGAAGGCCUCGCUAUGGUACUUUUCUUUGAAGGAAGCUGGCUUCUUAUGGUCAGACACGGUCUGGCAUCCAUUGAGCCUUCUGCAGCAUCAACAGUUUGAACAAAUUCAGGGAGGGUUUUCAGCGGCGGUGAGGAAAAUCGUUCUGGAGCUAAACGGUCAAGACUUGAAACACGGUAUCCCAGUACAGUUUCCAAACCGUUUGGGUCUGGUGCGUCUGGACUAUCGCUAUAUGAUUAGCGAUCUCGACAGUAUACGGUAUGCCUUGGACGCCAAAGGUUCUGCUGCCAUUAGGUGCUGCGUUUUCUGUAAGAACUGCAUCAAGAAACACACCAACCUUGAACACUACAACGACUUCUUUGAGGACAUUACCUCUCACCGUCUUGAGCGAUUUCACCGGCAAAGCGACAGCGAAAUCUUUAGUGUCGUUGACAACUUGAGUGCUGUUGCACCGAAUGUAUCCAGGGCAGCCCUGCAAAAGAAAGAGAUUGCCUGCGGCUUCAGGUUCAAUCCUGCGGGUUUGUUGAGCGACCCUUUGGCGCGUGAUGCUCUGCCACCAAGCGCCUUUCUUCUAGACUUUAUGCAUUUGUAUUGGAGUUGCGGGAUCAUUUCUUGGGAAGUGAACGCACUUCACGCCAAAUGGAGUGAGACCGGAAUUGGCGAUCUAGAGCAGUUCUUGUCCAUGGAGUGGCGCACUUCCGUGCAAAGCUGCACGCCAUCUUUUCGAAAGCGGCUUGGUGGCGCCUUUAACUUUGAGGGUGCCGUGUACAAAGGGUCCGCUUCGAACUUAACAAUGUUUUUCCCACUAUUUCACUACUUCUUGUCAAGAGUUCUUGACUCCAGAGGGUUGCUUAUGAAGGAAAUGGAAAGUUUCAAUGCGUUGCGACGCAUCAGCAUUGAAUUACGGAGCAUUGCUGGGAGUUCUGCACCUCUUGCUACUGAGCGGCUGCAAGAACUACAAGUCGCACAUCAGUCUUUGGUUGUUGAAGUGUAUUCUGAGAGCUUUGUGAAACCGAAACAUCACCAACGGUUUCAUGCGGCUGAGCAGUUGAAACAAACCGGCUUCUACGUCGACUGUUUUGCGAUGGAGCGAAAGCACAAGCAGUUCAAGUCGCAUAUCGGUUUGCACCGUUACGACCCAAAAGUGCAAGAGGACAAGGGUGAGUUCAGUCAUUUUGUUCAGCGAGAGAUAUGGAAGCAUCACAUCACUUCAUUGGCGGCCUACCAGUUUGGCACCGCAUUGCAGGGUGCACAAUCUUCAUCGGAGACCGUUGGGCAAAGUCUUGGGAAAAGCAACUGUAUGGUGGCAAAGAAGGUCCUUCACAAAGGACAUACUUAUUCAGAGAAUGAUGUGUUACUGGGGGCGCACCCCUGCACGGUUGACUCAGCAGUGCAAGAUGGCACGGAGUUCUAUCUCCUUAUUCAGCCGCUUGAAAUCGAAGAGCGGACAGAGUUUUGGAGCUCUUGGUGUGUUACUGGCCGGAAGCGCUUGCUGCACAUUUCCUUGGCCGGGCGAAGUCCUACAUGGUGGUUGCAGCUGGACGCAGAGAAGCUGCUUUGCCUUCACUGA